AUAAAUGCUGAGCCUAUUUGGAUGUUUGAAUUUGAUGAAUUAAUUUGAAAAAUCUUGAGAAAUUUACCUGGAUUACAUUUUGCUGUUUGAAUUACGAAACUAAACUCAAAAAGAACACGAAUCAUCAGUAAUAAACAUACAAAUAGAAAUUUUCUGUUUGGUAACCAACACGUGUAUGUAGAGCAGGUGCUGAAAAAUUGCAAAGUUUCUGAAUUCUGGGGUUGAUUUUGGACCAUCCAAAUAUUAAAAUUUAAAGAUACCCCUUUUAGCCUACGCGGCGUCUGCUCCAUCGCGUUUCAAAACUUUAUGUUUCAUCCUCUGCUAACACGAGGCGUCUCUUCUCAACAAUGCUCCGUUCCUCUGCGUCUCACCACCGUCAAAAAAUAACAACCGCCGUCCUCCUCCAUCCAAUGACCACUACACGUUCCCUUUCCACCGCCAAUCCCACCACCCGUCUUCCUGAAUCGUACACAGUCACACCUCCAAUCAAGCCCUGGCCCCAACGCCUCUACCCUAAACGCCUCGUCUCGAUGAUCACCCGCCAACAAAAUCUGGAUCUUGCCCUCCAAAUCUUCGACUACGCUGGCAAAUAUCACCCCGGUUUCUCCCACAAUUACGACACCUAUGAUUCCAUUAUCCAUAAGCUCUCUCGAGCUCGCGCCUUUGGCCCCGUGGAAGACUUGCUUUUUGACUUGCACAAAGCCAAAAUCAAAUGUGGAGAAAAUAUGUUCAUCACUGUUAUCCGCAACUACGGCCUUUCCGGCAAGCCCGACUUGGCCCUCAAAACUUUUAUCCGCAUCCAAGAUUUUAAAGUACAGCGUUCAGUGAGAUCGCUAAAUACACUAUUGAAUGCUUUCGUGCAAAACAAACGGUAUGAUUUAGUGCACGCUGUGUUCAAGAAUUGCCGGAGCAAGUAUGGAGUUGUGCCUAAUGUUUUCACUUGUAACAUUUUGAUUAAGGCACUUUGUAAGAAGAAUGACAUGGAAGGUGCAACUAAGGUUUUAGACGAAAUGCCCGCCAUGGGUAUGAUCCCAAAUGUCGUCACUUAUACAACAAUUUUAGGUGGUUACGCUUCGCGUGGUGAUAUGGUUAAUGCUAAGAGGGUUUUUGGUGACCUUUUCGAUAGAGGGUGGUUGCCAGACGCAAUAACAUAUACGAUCUUGAUGGACGGGUAUUGUAAACAAGGAAGAUUAGUCGAUGCUAUUAAAAUCAUGGAUAAUAUGGAUGAGAAUGGUGUGGAGCCAAAUGAUGUUACUUAUGGGGUUAUGAUCGAGGCAUUUUGCAAAGAGAAGAAAGCAGGUGAAGCACGUAACAUGCUUGAUGAUAUGCUCGAGAGAAAGUAUAUACCGAGCUCUGCUCUUUGUUGCAAGGUUAUUGAUGUGUUGUGUGAAGACGGGAAGAAGGUAGACGAGGCUUGUGAAUUGUGGAAGAGGAUGUUAGAGAAGAACUGCACGCCAGAUAAUGCAAUAACGAGCACACUCAUACAUUGGCUUUGUAAGGAGGGGAAGGUAUGGGAAGCAAGGAAACUGUUUGGUGAGUUUGAGCGGGGUUCGAUCCCAAGUCUUUUGACAUAUAAUACGCUUAUCGCGGGGAUGUGUGAGAGAGGAGAGUUGAGUGAGGCGGGAAGGUUAUGGGAUGAUAUGGUGGAAAAGGGUUGCAAGCCUAAUGCUUUUACAUAUAAUAUGCUGAUUAAGGGGAUUUCUAAGGUUGGAAAUGCUAAGGAGGUUAUUAGGAUUCUUGAGGAGAUGUUGGAUAAAGGAUGCGUGCCUAAUAAAUCCACUUAUGCUUUGUUGAUUGAGGAGUUAUGUGCAAAGGGGAUGGAAGAAGAAAUAGAAAAGGUUGUUUCGAUGGCCAUGGCAAGUGGAAGAAUUGAUAGUGAUUCUUGGGAACUCUUCUUAGACAAGGUCGUAGGUAAUCUGGAUAGAGGGACAGAUGCUCUUGAUGGACUGUUAGUGGAGAAUGCCUAGUAGAUAUCUGCCUUGUGUACUUCAUUAAGAGUGCUAAACAUGCAAAGUUAUCUUUCCUGCACAUUCUGUUUCAUACUUAAGUGAAAAUUAUUUGAAGAGGACUGGAUACUGAAGCUGCUCUUGAAAAAUUAUUAUUUAAAUUGCUGCUACUUGGAGCUGAUAGUUCGGUAAAAAAACCAAUGCAAUGUUUCCUGCUGCUCCAUACGUAUGCCUAAAUAUUCAAUACAUUCAGGGAAUUGGCGUGUUACUUAAGCUUAGAUUUCAGUAUACAGUAGCAGUUUCUGUGUCAGUUUGGGUUUCACUAAAAAGAGGUUUCAGAAUAGUUUGUUACGUGGCAGAAGCAGUGUCUAGGGAAUUUUUAUGUUCAGCCUUCCCUUGCCUGGUGAACCAGAGGGCAGAAACACGAGGAAUUUGAACCCGUUAGGCUUCUUAAGAAAUGCACUUUUGCGCUCGUUGAUUUUAAAGAGCGCAUGUAACUUAGUGAAUGGGUUGGCAGGUUUCAAGUAUAUGACCAGCAGAAAUAUGUGAUCGGUUAAGAAGCUAUGUUGAAUUUGUAGCUUCUGCAUUAAGAUAUUUCUAUUCAAGACCAUGGCCUGAUAUUUUCUCAAUCCUUGAAAUGACGGGCUGCGCACAUUACAAUGUGAGGACGUGACUCUCCGGCUUUUUAAUUAUUGAGAAAAUGCGUUUUCUUUGAAUUAGACUGCAAAUAGAAGAAAAUAUAUGCAGAAGAAGAAGACACGGCAUUUCAUGUUGUUUGUGGAUUAUCUUAAUUGUUUCCUCCUUAAAAGUUCAUCCUUUCACGAGAAUCUAUAUUAAUUUUGUGA